CUUAUCAGCGGUAUCUAUUAUUGCACAUGGUGGACGAAUCAAGCGUGCUGUCGUAUUGAAACUUUUCUUCGAAAAUUUAUAGCUUUUUCUCUAGUUGCACGAAAGGUCCACGAUGGCAGAGUACGUUCAGCAAAACCUCGAGGGUAUGUUGCCGGAACUUGAGGAAUUGGAGCGAUUGGGAGUGUUUUCAAGCGAUGAAAUCAGGACCAUUGUUCGUAAGAGAAGAGAGUAUGAGUACCGUUUGCAAAAGAGAAUCGUUCAGAAGUCAGACUUCUUAAGAUACAUGCAGUAUGAAAUUAACCUUGAUAUGUUGAAGAAAAAGAGGAAGUCGAGACUUGGCAUAAGAAGGAAUUUACAAGCAGAGCAUGCAGCAAUGAAGAAAAUACACACUCUGUUUCAGAAUGCCCUAAAGAAGUUUGUGGGAGACAUCAAGCUCUGGAUUCAGUACAUUGAAUUUUGCAAACACAUGUAUUUCAGAAUGGAACUUCUUCAUGUGGAAAAAAUUCAUAAUAGAAGGAAAGUUCUUGGAAUGAGCAGAGAAGAAGGGGAUGAUGCUCAGGAUGAAGAAGUGACUGCAGAAUUUCUUGCCGGAAAAGUUCCUGAAAUUGUCUACAAAAAGGCAAUAGAGGCUGUACCAGAUGACAUAAACUUCCGAGUAUCCUUUAUAGAAAUUUAUCGCCUCUUUGAAAACACAGAACAUGGCUGUGAUAUAAUAUAUGACAGCUUGAUGAAGGAUUUUCCUCAGUCUGAGGAGGUGUGGAAUUUGAAAGCUCGUCGACCCAUUGAUGAUGCAAAAGCUAAAGUAAAGAAAGGGACAACUGUUAUCACAGAGAGCCAGUGGUCAGAGUUUCUGGUGGAAAUGAACAAGUUGUUUUACCAGGCUGUGGAACAAGUCCCAACUGAAAAAAUGUGGGAGUUGUAUAUCACCACCUGUAUGGAGCUUCUAACUGAUUCAUUUCUUGAACAAGCUAAAGGGCAACAAGAGCGAAAUGUUUUGCACUUAUUUUCUGAGGCUGAGAAAGCAAAAUGUUUGAGUGAGGAUCUCUAUAAAACAUGGGUUGACCUUCUGCUUCAAACAGAUCAGCCAAAGAAGGCUUUGUUGGUUUGUAAAAAGGGAACAAAACAAUUUGAAACAUCAGUGAGUUUAUGGAGCGAGCACUUGAGACUUAAAGUGCUGAACAAGGGCAAAAUAAAGGACAUUCAAAAGGAAUUUUCUACUGCUGUGCAGUGCAUAAGUUCUAAGGAUUCAAUACAUCUUUGGAACCUCUGGAUUGAGUGGUGCAUUAAAAAUAAUCCAGAUGAAGUGGAAUCUGUCUUUGAGCUGUCAUUGCAAUCCUGUGUUGACGUACAAAUCCAAAUGAAAAACAAAUAUGUUGAGUGGACCUCGAGUAAAAAGGGGAUCAAGAAAGCGAGAAAACUUUACAAAAGACUGAUUGAAGAGCGACCUUAUACAAUUUCUUUCUUUCGAAAGUGUAUCGACUUGGAGUUAAUGCAGGUUGAGCCGAGUGCAAAGCGUGUUCGUGAUUUGUAUGAGGCAGCUGUGGAUCAUUUUGGUUCUUCCCAUCCUGAGCUGUGGUUGGAUUAUAUUCGCCUGGAACUCCUACACCCCGGUGGAAAGCCAGACAAUGUAGGACAGCUGUACUGGCGAGCCACCAAGACACUCGGCGGUAAAUUCACGGAGGAAUUUGUUGGACUGUACUCGUUGCUGCAGGCGGGGCGAGUUUAAAUCCAUAUCAAGAUGUUUGUUUGUACUUUACACAUUCGGAAUAUUUUAGGAUUGCAGGGAUGGACUUUAGUCUCUUUCCCUUGAGUAGCAUCGGAGUAGAAGUGUUGAAGGUUUUGGCCCUUUAAGAGAUCAAAGAUGAUCGAUAUUUCGUGGGAGAAAACCGGAAAUGUUCUUCCAGAAAAUAAUAUGAUAGAAAACGUUUAUAAUAAAAAUUAAAUUAUGGAGUAAUUUUA